AUGUCUCGCUUCUCCAAUGCCGCCUGCGAAUGCGGCUAUUCACUUAAUAAAACAAGCGACGCGUCUUACGCCGUCUUUACAGAGUUGCUCGAGAACGACUUUCUACACACGUCGACCAAGAACCUUUCUGAAGUAGGAUGGGCGCCCCAGGUCUACAAUGUUAGUUCCAAGAACGCGCGAGGGCCCUUUGGCAAGAAUAUGGAGCUGGGCAACGUCGUCACAAAUCCGCUUAAGAACAGGGCAGCUUGGUCAGGGCAAUCUGAGCAUGGCGGCGAUGCUGGUCUUGAGUUGUGGGUGCGAGGAGAUCAUCAAGACGGCUUCGUGAGCGGAGCGGAGAUCGUCACACAUAGGAACGACAUGCUUCUCGGUAGCUAUCGCGUGGGAAUGAAAAUGUCCAACUCGUCUGGAACAUGCGGCGCUUUCUUCUUUUACCACAACAACUCGCAAGAGAUCGACAUGGAAUUCCUCUCGCACCAAUUCAACGAAUCCCAGGGGACCGUGAACCUCGUAAUGCAAUCCCCGGAGUCUGUGACCCACGGCUACGAUGCCUCAGGCACCUCAGCAUUCCAAGUCCAGCGCCUGCCCUUCCGCCCCGACGAGAACUUCCACGAGUACCGCUUCGACUGGACCAAGGACCGUGUGGCCUUUUACGUAGACAGCGUCUUCCUGUACGACAUGAAGCAGAACAUGCCCACCGAGGGCGGCGCCAUGUUCUUCAAUCACUGGAGCAACGGCGACCCGUCGUGGUCAGCCGGCCCGCCGGACAGCGACACCGUCAUGACGAUAUCCUACAUGAAGGCCUACUUCAACAGCACAGACACGGAGCGCAGCCAAAACGCCUACCGGAGACGCUGUCCCGUCUACGAUCCGACCAAAGUCUGCGCUAUCCCCGCCCAGAAUAUUCAUCCUGACCCCUCGGUUGGCAAGAAUGCGGCCAAGACGUACUUCUUCUCCACGGAGAGCGAUAUGGCGCCUGGCCAGGCCGUUUACCACGGUGCGGCGGCUGUCUUUAGUGCGCCAGUGCUCUCCAUCGUCGUCCCGGGGCUAGUCGCUUUAUCGUCAGGAAAAUUCAAUCGUGUUCGGUCCGUGUUCAAGUUCUAA